CGCAACCCAAACCCUUCGCCUCCUCCAACCCGUUUCUUUGCGCCUUUUUGCCAAGGCAAUUAAUGGAUUGCACCGCACCGGCGAGUCAUUUGCAUUUCGUUUCACCUGUGGAUCAAGUCGCUAGUUCCCCAACAACGGCUGGCUCGGGACGACGAGCAACGGAGACCGAACGGAUGAAGGUGGCCCAUUUGAGUCGUGUUUUCUCGAUGGCGACAAGCUGUAUAAGUAGUCAAAACGGGCCGCCAGUCUCGCUGGUCCAUCUCGUUUGACCCCUCUGAUGCGCUGCUUCCCCUUCCUCGCCCACAUCAAAGCCCUCCCCUCGCGAUUUCUCGGCAACCGCACCCUAUCAGCCAAUCUCACAUCGCCAUCAACUACAUCAUCAUCACCCGUGUCCAAGAUGUCGAAGGCGCCCGUUUACUUCUUCAGCCACGGAGGGCCAGAUGUCCAAUAUAGGACAGAACACCCAGCCUAUGCCGUCCUCCAGGCCAUUGGCAAGGAGAUAACUCAAAAGGUCAAGCCCACUGCCGCCGUUGUCUUCUCGGCCCACUGGCAGGCAACGCCCAAUGAGAUCCAGUUGAACAAUGCCGAGAACACAGAUCUCAUCUACGACUUCUACAACUUCCCCGCCAAGUUCUACGAGGCCACGUACCCUAGCAAAGGCAGCCCGCAGCUGGCGUCCCGUAUCCUGGGCCUGCUGGGAGACGCCGGCAUCAAGGCGUCGGGGCUGAAGCGCGGUCUCGACCACGGCGUCUUCUCGGGGUUCAACGUGGCCUUCAACCCCGAGGAGAACCCGCUGAACGUGCCCCUGGUCCAGGUCAGCCUGUACGAGAACGAAGACCCGGACAUGCACUACCGCCUGGGCCAGGCCGUGGCGUCUCUCCGCGACGAGAACAUCGUCAUCAUCUGCACGGGCAUGUCGGUCCAUAACCUCCGCGACUACCGCCUCACGAUCGGCAGGUCGACCCCCAUGCCGUACGUCAGGUCGUUUGACGAUGCGCUGAAGGAGGCGGUCGAGUCCCCACCCGCGGAGAGGCAGGCCCGCAUGGCGGCGGUCACCAAGCGGCCCGACGCGAAAGCCGCUCACCCGUGGAUGGACCACUUGAUGACUGUCUACGUCGCCGCGGGCGCGGCUGGUGAGGACCGGGGCAAGCAGACUUGGACCAAGUAUGAGGGCAGUAUGGCUUGGGCCCAAUACCGCUUCGGGGAUGUUCCGUCCUAGGUUACUUUACGUAUAGUCAAUAAUUGAAAGGGUGCUCAUUAUUAUUAUUAUUAUUAUAGUCG